CGUGAAGCUCCGCGGCGGCUUCCCGUGAGGCUCUGCGGGGGGCUUCCUGAGAGGCCCUGCGCGCUUUCCGCGCCAGCUUCAGCGUCAACCCGCGAGCCCUUGCGUCGCGUAGAAGCGAGGAUGGAGUGCGGCGACGAGGCGGCCAUCGAGAGGCACCGCGUCCACUUGCGCUCCGCCACGCUGCGCGACGCCGCCCCCGUCGCACUACACCUGCUGCCCUGCGAGGUCGCGGUGGACGGGCCCGCCCCGGUGGGGCGCUUCUUCACGCCUGCCAUCCGCCAGGGCCCCGAGGGACUCGAAGUGUCAUUUCGGGGCCGCUGUCUACGGGGCGAGGAGGUGGCGGUGCCGCCUGGCCUCGUGGGAUACGUGAUGGUGACGGAAGAGAAGGAAGUGUCCAUGGGGAAGCCAGACCCCUUGCGGGAUUCCGGGACUGACGACCAAGAAGAGUCGCCGCUGGAACGGGACUUUGACCGCUUCAUUGGAGCCACUGCCAGCUUCAGCCACUUCACCUUGUGGGGUCUGGAGACCAUCCCUGGCCCGGAUGCCAAAGUGCGUGGGGCCCUAACUUGGCCCAGUCUUGCGGCAGCGAUUCACGCACAGGUGCCCGAGGACUGAGAACCAGAGCUUGAAAUUCAAAGCUGCGAUCCCUUCACAGCAGUAAACCAGCUCUUUGGAACCACUGAUUCCAUCACCCCAAUAAAGGAGCUCUUUACAGCACCUGUGAGUCCGGGCACCUUAGAGCCCCUAAGCCAGCAUGGACCCCUCUCCCCCAAGAACCUUGCAUGGCUCUGGCAUAUAGAAACAAUUUAUUGCCGUGGGCAAUGGGGAUAAGAGAAGCCAGAAUUUUUUGCAGCCAGCACCCACCCCACCCCCAACUUCUACUUUACAAAAGAAAUUUUUACAACCACCAGCCCUCUGUACAGAGCUCCCCCACCCCCCAUCUCACUGUACACAGCUGCCUGGCUCCCUCUGAUCCCUGGUUCAAAGCAGGCCUGGGCCUGUGGCCAGCUGACCUUGGAGUUAGCCUGAGCCCUGAGCUCGCCUUGGUGCCGGGCACCAAUGGGCCCUGCCAGGCCUGUCCCCUCCUUUUCGAGCUUUUCAGCCCCAUCUCCCUUAGAGUGCUUUGUGGGAGCUGCAGUGAGGGCGGGGUGGGCUAUCAGCCCCAGUCCUGCUGUCUUAGCACUGCAGUGGGCAGUGCCUGGUCACCACUUCCCCCUCUUGCUCCAGUCCUUGGGAGUGAAGUGCAGACACUUGGAGUCAAUCCGCAGGAGCCGCUUGAGCAUAGCCCGCUCAUGGCCAUCCACGAUGUCCUCUGACAGUGUGAGGAUGUACUGGCCCUUGUAGUAGUUGAUGAGAUUGAGGUACUGCAGAGUGGAGAUGACAUCCUCCUUCUUGAUGCUGGUGAUUUCACUGAUCUCAUUGAUGGUGAUCUGUGGCCUCUCCCCGCUCUCUGACUUCAGCCCCAUCAGGAUCUCCAGGAUGGUCUGGGACCAGUAACUUCGAUAGGAUAGGAGGCCAAGGUCUGAGAGGGGCUUCUCAGGGGUCCCUGUUUUCCCUUCCACUUUGGAGAGUUCAUAGCCUAAAGCAAUGGAGCAGGAGAGGGUGAGUAAGAGGUCAUAGAUGAACAUAAGCAACAUUUAAAAACACAGGUCGCCAAGGCAGGCUGCCUAGUUCCCAUCAUGGCCCUGCCACUUGGCAGUUCUGUGGCCUCCGCCUCUCUGCGCCUCAGUUCCCUCAGGAAGAACUAACGAGUAUUCACUCUUCCCCUGGGAGUUGAGCACAGUGGAGGGCAUGAGAGCAC